AUGAUUUUGAUUGUAGCGAUUUUCAUAGUCGCUAGUUUUCUAACAUUUUCAAGCAGUAUAGAAUCUUCCUCAAAUAUUCUAUUCGUGAUUUCAAUACUCACCAUCUCAAUUUUCUAUGUUUUCAAUCAAAUCGUGAUUCCUGUUCAAAAUCUUCUAAUAUUCCUUUUGGCUUUUCAAAGAUUCCUCCUUUAUUUCUAUCCAAGUUCUGAAAAAUAUAUAGUUCCCAGUGAAAAACAAUUUAAAUUUAUAAUUCGAUGGUUAUAUUUCAUAUCAAUCUUCGGAAAUAUUUUAUAUAUUGGUUUCUUGGCCAAUUGUUUAUUCAAUUAUGCUUACAAUUAUGCUAAAGAUUCUGAUUGUCAAACCAGAUGGUCUAUCAUAAGUUCGGCGAUUUAUGUGAUUCUGGAUGCUCUAGUCAUGAUCUCAUCUGUUUUCUAUAUUUGUAUUCUCAUAAGUGUUCGGAAAAUUGCAAACAUGUCUUCAAGUUUUAUGAAAACUCGCACAGAAAAAGCAAUCCUCUAUCAAACUUUAGUUUUAUUAUUUGUGAAACUAUUAUGUUUCCCAAUGUUAAUUUUAACAUUUAUGUUCAUUUUCGCUUACAGUGUAACAUUGAAUACUGUAAUGAAUGCGGUGCGUACGCGUCGCGGUUACUGAUUCUAUGUAUUGAUUCGAUUUCAGAUCUACUACCCCUUGUUCUUCAUUGAUGUUUUAACAACACCCAUCGUAUUUCAAAUCACAUAUAUUUUUUGCAAUAAAACAAAUCUGGAAAUUUUGCUGAAAAUGGAUUUCAGAAAAGCGAAAACUUGGAGAAUUGUUUGCUGUGGAGCUAGAUCUAAUCGUGUUGAACAAACUGAAUUGUAUAAUAUGAGCAAUAUAACAAGAUAUGCUUAUUAA